AUGGAAAGAGCUCCAGAACAAAAUUAUGGCAUUUCUAAAAGAUCUAUUAAUCCUCAGCUCUUCCAUCUACUGCUCCUAGUACUGGUGAACCUUGCUGCUCUUUCCAAUGCAGAUAUUGGCACCGCAGCUCAGUACGAUGCUCCAUUCUCACCAACUGUCUGCCACGGAAGCGAUGAGGCGCAGUUCCCGUCGAGCGAACUGUUCGGGUCGGCCGGCGAGGAAAUAUGGGACAACGGCGAGGCCUGUGGGAGACUGUAUUCGGUGCAGUGCAUAAGCGCUUCUGAUCCCACAACUUGCAUUCCAGACCGGAUAAUUCAUGUAAAGAUUGUCGAUCGUGCACUGACUUCCGCCUCUAGGCCUUCCCGGGAAGAUGUUACCAUCGUUCUUUCCACCGGUGCAUUUGGGAUGAUCGCCGACGCUUCUGCUACAUUUAUCAACAUACAAUUCAUCCCGUGA